AUGAGGAACCCCUUCGAUAUGGAAGACCUCGACUCCGCCAUCGAGCAGGAGCAUCAGAAUUCCUUCAACGACGUGCACACACACCAGUCGCAUGACGGCAACCGCUCCCUGCUCCAGGAGGCUGAGAACCGUUCCGAUGGUGACAACCUGAAGAACCGCUUCAUCGGGGCCAUUGACACCGGCACCACCAGCUCCCGCUUCAUCAUCUUUGACUGCACGGGCGUGCCCGUGGCCAAAUACCAGAUCGAAUUCCGUCAGAUUCACGAACAUCCAGGGUGGCACGAACAAGAUCCGUUCGAACUCGUGGAGUCUGUUUACACAUGUAUCGAAGAGGCCAUGAAGACGUUCCUCGCCCUCGGCCACUCCAGGGACGACAUCGAGGCCAUCGGUAUCACCAGCCAGCGAGAAACGACCGUGUGCUGGGACUGGGAGACGGGCGAGCCCCUACACAACGCCAUCGCAUGGCCCGAUACUCGAACCACCGGGCUGGUGCGUGAAUUCAAGGCGAAGAAAGGUGCCGAUGAGCUGUUAGGCCUGUGCGGUAUUCCUCUGUCAACAUACCCCUCGUCCGUCACCCUUGUGUGGAUGCUCCGCAAUCUCCCCGAGGUGAAGAAGGCGUAUGACGAGGGUCGGCUUGCGUUUGGUACCCCCGACGCCUGGCUCCUGUACAACCUCAACGGCGGACCGGAUGGUGCCCGUCUGGUGACCGAUGUCUCCAACGCAUCCAGGACCCAGUUCAUGAACCUCGAAACGCUCGACUAUGACGAUCGCCUAUUGGACUUCUUCGGCAUUGAUCGGAACAAGAUCCGACUGCCGGAAAUCCUGCCCUCCUCGGACCCUGAGGGUUACGGGUGGGUCAGAGGUGGCCCGCUUGACGGCACUCCGAUCACCAGCUGCCUUGGAGACCAGUCUUCGGCGAUGGUUGGCCACUGUGCGUUCACCCCCGGGUCGGCAAAGAACACCUACGGCACGGGAUGUUUCCUCCUCUACAACGUUGGCGAGAAGCCGGUCAUCUCCCAACACGGCCUGCUGGGAACGGUAGGCUUCCAGAUGGGCAAGAACCGGAAGGCCGUAUAUGCGCUCGAAGGCAGUGUGGCUGUUGCCGGCAGUGGUAUCUCAUUCCUGAUGAACAACAUGGGUUUCUUCCGUGAUUCCCGCAAAGUCAGUGACCUUGCGGCUUCUGUCCCUGACAGUGGUGGCUGUGUUUUCGUGACUGCCUUCAGUGGUCUGUUUGCGCCGUACUGGAUCGACGACGCCCAGGGAACUAUCUUCGGUAUCACGCAACACACCCAGCGUGGACACAUUGCACGCGCAACCAUGGAAGCGGCUUGCUACCAAACCAAGGCCAUCCUGGAUGCCAUGGAGAUGGACAGCGGACACAAACUGGCGGAAUUGGCUGUCGACGGCGGCAUGAGCAAUUCCGACAUUUGCAUGCAGACCCAAGCCGAUAUCAUCCAAAUCCCGGUCGAGCGACCAGCCAUGCACGAGACGACGGCGCUGGGAGCCGCCAUCGCAGCCGGGUUCGCGAUCGACAUCUGGCAAGAUUUCGACGACCUCAAGAACAUGAACCGCGCCAACCGCACCACCUUCCUCCCCCACACCUCCUCCGUCCAGAGCAAGAAGCUGUACCGCCAGUGGAGCAAGGCUGUCGAGAUGUCGCGCGGCUGGCUCGACACGAGCGGCGCCGACGAAGACGAAGAAACCGAAAACGGAACCAACGGAGCAUGA